GCUAACUUUCAGUUGUUUUGUGACAGUAAUGUCACAGUUAGAUUUCUCUAGAAUUUUAGCAUACCCACAAUUAGUUACGUAUUUUGAUACACAUUAUGGAUACUUAUGAUCUUUUUAAGAAACUUGCAGUCGGCGUAAAGUUUGAUACAAAACGUUUUCGAAACGAUGCAGAAAGAUUUCAGAUGGUGAGAUCGAAUAAAAGUGACAUAAAUAUUAAAAAAGAAAAUAUUAAAAAUGAAGUAUCAGCUCCUGAUGUAGAAGAUACAGCGAAGAGAAAACAUCAUGACGAUGAAAUUGAAGACACUGUUGGCAUAACAUUGCUGGAUGGAUUAUCAGGACAGAAAGAUGAUGUUCCAACUAAAAAACGUAAAAAAAUUGCAACUGCGGAUAAGAUAUUGAAGCUGGAACAAGAAAAGAUAAAUCAUUUGAGGAAUAUGAAUCACAUUUCAGUCACAGGUAGUCAUAUACCAAAAUUAAUAUUAGAAUUUGAUGAAUUAAAGACCAAUUACCAAGUGUCGGAAAACUUGUUGAGUAAUAUGAAAAAUUGUGGCUAUAUAUAUCCAACACCAAUUCAGAUGCAAGCAAUGCCAAUUAUGUUAGAAGGGAGACAUAUAUUGGCUUGCGCUCCAACAGGAUCAGGUAAAACUGCAGCAUUCUUGUUACCCAUUAUUCACACAUUAAGAGGACCACAAAAGAAAGGUUUUCGCGCAGUGAUUCUAAGUCCUACUAGGGAAUUAGCUAAACAAACAUAUAGAGAAUGCCUAAGAUUGAACGAAGGAUUUGAUUUUAGAAUUCACAUAAUUAGCAAAGUGAAUCAGGCUUUAACAAAAUAUGGACCAUCAAGUUCACAAAAAUUCGAUAUUUUAAUUACUACCCCAAAGCGAUUAGUUUUUCUCUUAAAUCAAGAUCCACCAGCUAUUUCAUUAAAUAAUGUAGAAUGGUUGAUUGUGGAUGAAGCAGAUAAACUUUUUGAGGAAGGAAUACAUGGAUUUAGGGAGCAAUUAGAAGAGAUUACGAGAGCUUGCUCUAAUACAGAUUUACGUCGCGGUAUGUUUAGUGCGACAAACACACCAGCAGUGUCAAAGUGGUGUCGUUGCAACAUGAAGAGACUCGUGACAGUAACAGUUGGACAAAGAAAUGCAGCUACAGAUAUGGUGGAUCAACAGCUUCUGUAUGUUGGUAGCGAAAGAGGCAAAUUGGUGGCAUUUAGAAAUAUUAUACAAAAGGGUUUAUCACCACCGGUCUUGGUAUUUGUGCAAAGUAAAGAGCGAGCUCAAGAACUUUUCAACGAGCUUAUUUACGAUGGAAUUAAUGUGGACGUUAUUCACGCUGAUAGGACAACGACACAAAGAGACAAUAUCGUGCGUUGUUUUAGAGAAGGAAAGAUAUGGGUCUUGAUCUGUACAGAGUUGAUGGGCAGAGGCAUAGACUUUAAAGGUGUAAAUCUUGUUAUAAAUUACGAUUUUCCGUCAUCCGCCAUCUCCUACAUCCACAGAAUAGGUCGCACCGGUCGUGCGGGUCACAAGGGAAAGGCUAUAACGUUUUUUACUCAACAGGAUACGGUAAAUCUACGAAGCAUCGCAGCAGUUAUGCGCGCUUCCGGGUGUGAUGUACCGGAUUAUAUGUUGGCUAUGAAGAAGAAGCAUAAUAAGAAAGAGCGACGUAAACUGGAGCGUACAGCACCCGCGCGCGAAAGGAUAUCAACUGUGCCCACGUACAAGCGACAUAAACGGAAAUCGCGCAUCGAAAAACAAUCGAAACUAGAGGAAGAAGCGUAAGUAGGAUACCAUCUCUUCGCAAAGCAAUGUGAAUUAAGUACAAGAUCUUUUUCCGUAACAAAAUCGCUUGUAAAUUCUUUAUUUUUAUAUGACAUUUGCAAUUGUAUAAUUACAUACGUAUAAAAUUAUUACAUAUGA